AUGGCGGCAGGAGGUCGUACACCGAAGCAGAGAAGAUUCGAGAUGUCAUCAGGAAUGGGUCUGCGAGACGUGAAUUCAUCAAGAAGGAGGCGCGGAAGUUGCAAGUGUCUCUUUGGAGCGCCGGACAGAGACGAAACUCGGCGUCUCAUGGCGGAACAAUACGCGAGGGAACGUAAGCGUUUCAUUAGAAGAUUUAACUUUGACGUUGAAACUGAGUGUUCGUAUAAAGGAUCAAAAUUGGAUUCACCUGUUAAAUUUUCCGAGGGGGAUAAAGAGAAUUCUAGGACAGCAACUGAGGCGCUAUCUUGUGUCGGGAAUACGGAUUUGAGGGUUUUGGGGUCUCCGUCGAGGCGUAGCAGCGGUAGUGCGGGCAGCUCGCCCCGGACUCCGCGCACACCGCGAACUCCGCGUGCCUCUCGCACCCCGCGGACUCCGCGUACGCCCGCUUCUAGAAGACAGCUGCAGAUGACAGGUCAGUAA